AUGCCUUCUUCCCUCUUAAAAAAUGUCAAGCUACCGGCAGUCUAUAGUACAUGGCAAUGCUGUGCCUGCAAUUCCUCCCCUUCGCAUUCCCACAAGAAGUUAAAGCCCGAUCCACGGUUCACGCGACAGUCCAGGAGCUAUACGGAUGCCAAAUCCGACAGAAGUUUUGAAUUUCGAGAUCAUAUGAAUUGGCCAUGUCGAAAAAACACCGCUUGGACUCCUUCACCCUACGACAUCUUUGAAUUGGAAAGGACCGCAGUCUAUUCAAAGCAUAAAUUUUAUGAAUUGGUCAAGAUGUACCAUCCUGACAGGAAUGGGUCUGGUGGGUCGGAGAGUCUCACCCAUCCAGAAAGACUGGAAAGAUAUAGGUUGGUGGUGCAGGCACAUGAGAUUUUAUCGGACCCGGUCAAGAGACGGGCGUAUGAUAUAUCCGGUGCAGGCUGGGGGACGAGAACUGCCACCCGACACUCGUCGGGGUUUACCAAUCCGGAAGGGAAGAGGUAUGGAUUCGGCCCUGAUGAUGACCAGUCCAUCUUCCGAAAUGCAACAUGGGAAGAUUGGGAAAAAUGGUAUCGACGAUAUGACGAUCCGCCGAAACAAGAGUAUUCGGGCUUGUAUGUCCAUCACAAUGCCUUUGCAUCCUUUGUCAUCCUCCUUGCAGUCCUGACCGGAGUCCUUCAAGCAACAAGGGCCGGACAAUUCUCUGGAUCCAUUGAAGAACGGGCCCGUGCCUUUACAGAAGAGACGCAUCGAUUCCUGGCCGCACGGGCGAGCCAUUUAAAUGAUAAUCAAAUUGGCUCGGACGGUCGAGUGAAACAUUUUCUGGAAAAAAGAGAUCCGUCCAAGUAUGGAUUAAAAGAUGGGGAAGAGGAUCUGUACCGGAAACAUUUUGCGGAUCAAAACAACCUGCCGCCCCCGCCACAACUAAGAAAUGUCGAUGCUGAUUAG